UCAGUCCGCGGGCAGGGAGCGCCCGCCGCCGCCGCUAUGGCCCACUCGGUGGUCCUGCGUGGCCCUUCUCCCUGGGGCUUUCGUCUGGUGGGCGGUAAAGAUUUCAGCGCCCCGCUGACCAUCUCCAGGAUUAACCCUGGCAGUAAAGCAGCCAUGGCAGACUUGUGCCCAGGAGAUGUUAUUCUGGCAAUUAAUGGAGAGAGCACGGACAACAUGACACAUCUAGAAGCUCAAAACAAGAUCAAAGCAUGUGUGGAUCAGCUGCUGCUCUCUGUGAACAGAUCUGAAGGGAAGACCUGGUCUCCCCCUGUCCUGGAAGAUGGCAAGGCUCAAGCAUACCGCAUCAACAUCGAGCCGGACCCACAGGACAGUGGCCCUGCCCAGAGCAGGAGGUCGAUGCCCCAUGGAGCUGGGGGCAGCCCUGUGGACAGCAAGCAGAUGCUGAACAUGCAGCAUCACCAACCAACCCGGCUCUACACAAACAACAGCUCCGAGUCAGCCCUUCCAGGCCAGCUGAGUGGACUCCACAUCACUCCUGCACACAGCAGCAUUGACCCCGUGAAGUCUCUCCCACGGAACAGAAAUGGGAUUGAUGUGGAGUCAGAUGUCUACAAGAUGCUUCAGGAUUAUGAAAAGCCCAUUUCAGAGCCAAAGCAGUCUGGAUCCUUCCGGUACUUACAGGGCAUGUUGGAGGCCAGUGAGAAUGGUGAAAAACUCGACAAACUGAGCAACCCCAGGAACAUCAAGUCCCCGGUGCCAAAGCUUGGUGGCCCCAUGUCCGGGCUGCAGAUGCUUCCCGAGUGCACCCGCUGCAGGAAUGGCAUCGUGGGCACCAUUGUCAAGGCUCGGGACAAGCUCUACCACCCCGAGUGCUUCAUGUGUGACGACUGUGGGCUCAACCUGAAGCAGAGGGGCUAUUUCUUCAUUGAGGAGCAGCUGUACUGCGAGACGCAUGCCAAGGAGAGGGUUAAGCCCCCCGAAGGAUAUGACGUGGUGGCUGUUUAUCCAAACGCUAAAGUUGAACUCGUCUAAGGCUGGGCUGUGCUCUGGAGAGGUGGGGUGGCCCACCCACGUGCUCCUGCCAGCUGCAAGCACUGGGGCUGUAAUCAACCCCCAUUACCAAAGCCCAAGUUAAAAUGCCUUUUCCUAGAUAAAACAGUUUACACUUGGGAUCUCCGGGGAAUGGUGUUGAAAGCAUUCAAACAGGUUUUGCCCUUCUUUUUGACACUCUGCUUUUUGCUGUGUUGGGUUAUUAGUGUGUGCUGUAAUCUUAUCCAAGAUCUGUGUAAAUAUUGAUUAAUUCUCUACUCUCUUUCAUAUAAAACCUGUAUUCCUUUUUUUUUCUUUUUUUUUUUUUUUUGUGCCUUCCUUCUACUGAAGAUGUUUUAGAAGAUGUUUUAAAAGCUCAAAGAAAAUAAGGCACUUUAACAAAAGAUGCUGUCUCUUAUGUCCUGACUGUAAUCUCCUGUCCUGUGGCUGCCCCAGUGAUAAAAACCAACCCCUGAGAGUCAGGACGGUACCAGGGGGUGCCUCACUCAGCUGCAUCCCAGCAGAUGUGCCAAGGAAGGGUGGUCUCUUAAAACAGUAAUUACAGUGAAACUCUCUGGACCAGGGCAGGGCAGAUUGAGGCUGACAAGGACUGAUUUGAGUUCCCAAGAGAUCUCCACACUGAGUGCGUGAUGAGGCCUUUUUCUUCCUCCUUCUACUCGUAAUUUGAUUAUUCUUUCAUCUAAUGACUCAAGCACACUUUGAAAGGACACUGCAGCAGUCUGGAGCACCCUUUGAUUAUCCUCACCUCCUACAUUUCUGCCCACAGCUGCCUUUGCUUUCGCCAUUGUGACUAUUCCCCAAUUUUUGCUAUAAUUUUGCAGUCCUUUAUUUCUAGGUCCUCAGAUUGCUGCUAUCUGGGUCUGCCUCCCAGCAGAGAGGGGGUGAUAAAAUCCCUCCAGGCACUUAGGGAAUAACCAGAGCUUGGGUGAUCCCUAGGCCCCAGGACAGCAGGAUUGUGUUUAUACCCAUCUCCCAAGGCUGUGCUUUCAGCCAGGUCCAUCAUCCACUUUAUUUGACAGGGAAAAGAUUUUUUGGCUCUUGAAAUGUUUCUUUGUUAGAGAAAUGUGGGUUUUUUUCAUGCUAGUACUUAGAGGGAGGAGAGAGAGAGUUGACUUACUCAAUUUGCUCAGCCUCAGUCUUCUUCUUCCUCACUUUGAGAGAGGAAGGAUGUGGGGGAGAAAAAGAAAUGCUUGUGCUUGCUUUCCUUCCAUGGAAAAGGAAAAUAAGAAAUGGGGUGAUGGGCAAACAACCCCUUUCCCUCCUGGCUCUCCAUAAGAGGGAAAAUUGGGGAUUGGAGGAGGGUUGGGAGCAUGAUCCUAGUUGGGGCUGAGCAGGUAAUUUCUUCUACAGGUUCUGCACCCCAGAAGGGAUUUUAGGGUGUUAUUGGUCUCCAUCUAGACCUCUUUAUGAUAAAGUGCCUUACAGGGACACAGCAGCUCCUGCCCUGUGCCCCGCAGCCUCCCAGCAGCCCUGGGCUCCUUCCAGCUGGGUACCACAGAGAUGUUGGCUGUGUGCAUUCCUGCUAGCAGGGGGACAUCCACCUCCCCCUCCUUCUGCCAUCAGGAAUUUUUACUUACUAAAGUACAAGAAAUGUGGAAAUUUUUAUCACCGUGCUGAAACAUGUUUUUCUUGCAUUUGCAUGGCCUUGCUUGGUCACUUGGACCCUCUGAAGGGGGGAAUGUUUGGGACAAGUGUAAAGGAGCAUAGCAAUCAGGUGGGAAACAUUACUGCCCUGGUUUGCAGGGCUCUGCUUGGAGCUCCUUAGGGUCCCUUUGUCAGAAACAUUUAUUCUCAAUUCCUCUGUUAUCCUUAUACAUUGCUGGUUUGAGCUCUGGUGCCUGUAGCUUGAGAGUUCAGGCUUCACCAAAAUCCAGGACUGAAUACAGCCCAGCUACAUGAUGGAAGACUCACAACAUGAAUGGCACAGGAUGCCCUUCCCUGUUUUCCAGGCAGGCAGUUGGAGCUGCCAGUGGUGCUGUUUGUCACUCCCUGGGGCUCUUGUCCCCGUUUGUCUCUACCUGCAUGGUGGCCAUGUCCUGCAGGAUGCCAGGAAUCUGCAGCCCUGAUACAGGGAGCACCAAGAAGUUCAUUAGUUGGUUCAUUGCCCUCGUUUUAAACACCCAGCUGAGCAGGCUGCUGCCAGGGUGCCCUUGGUGGUCUUGCUUGGCUGCCACACCAGUGGGAAUGCUGGGCAUGGAGCUGUUCUUCUAAUGAUCCCAAGUUCCCUCAAAUCAAUAUUUCCACAUGGCAUCUCAUGAUACCCUUUCUUAGGAGUAAUCAAUUCACCUGAUCCCCCUGCAGAGCUUGGAGCUGCCUCACACAGGCCCAUCCCAGGGCACAUGGUUUCCUGGCUUCAGGCCACCCUGUUCCUGUUGUGAGGCUUGCAGGAGCAGCCACAAGCAAGUGUCACCUUCUCUGUCACCAGAUAAUGCUGUUAAACUCUGUAAAAUGUGGGGAGGGUACUGUUUGUAUGAAACAAAAAAUAAAAUUGUAUU